ACCAACCUGUUAGACCUUAAGGAACAUGCUUCGUCCCUGGCUUCCUCCGGUCUGAAGAAGGACUCUAAACUGAAGAGUCUGGAGAUGUCUCUGGAACAGAGGAAAGACGAGUUCAUCAAGAUGGAGAACCAGCUCAAGAAGGCCCAGAAUGCCAUGCUGGAGGCCCAGGCCAACACGGAGCUGUCACAACGCAUUGUUACUCUGGAACAGGAAGUAACUCGGCACAGAGAGGAUUCUGGGAAGGCCCAGGUGGAGGUGGACCGAUUGCUGGAGAUCCUCGGAGAGAUGGAGAAUGAGAAGAACGACAAGGACAAGAAAAUCAAUGAACUGGAGAAUUUUGCUUCAAGACAGGUGAAGGACCAGACUAAGACGGUGGCCCACCUGAAACAUAAGGAGCAGGUGGAGAAGAGUAAGAACGCCCAGCUGGUGCAGGAGGUCAGGAAGAGAGAGGACAACCUCAAUGAGAGCUCUCAACACGUCAAGGUGAGAGAGGUGUUUCUCUUGUUCCACUCUAUGUCUGAUGAUGUGUGAAGGCUGUGUACACUC